AUGACGGAUACAGUGGCCGAUUCACGCAACAAUGCGGCGGUGCAAGCCACCAACGAUGAUGCUUCGGCCAGUAAAUUGUCAUGUGUAAAAAAGGGAUACAUGAAAGAUGAUUAUGUUCAUUUGUUUGUGAGAAGGCCUGUGAGGAGAUCACCAAUUAUUAAUCGUGGUUACUUUGCUCGUUGGGCUGCUAUUCGGAAACUUCUCUAUCAGUUUCUUGAUGUUGAGAAGAAGAUAGAUGGAGAUGCCCCAAUAAAGAAGCAGAUAUUAUCACUUGGAGCAGGCUUUGACACAACAUAUUUUCAGUUACAGGAUGAGGGGAAAGCACCGUACUUGUAUGUCGAAGUGGAUUUUAAGGAGGUAACUAGUAAAAAGGCAGCUCUUAUUGAGACUUACAGUCAAUUGAGGAAUAAACUUGGUGAAACAGCAACCAUAUCAAGAGAUAAAGGAGAAGUGGUCAGUGCUCAAUAUAAACUAGUCCCUGCAGAUCUGCGUGAUGUACAACAAUUAAAUGAUAUUAUAUCUGUUGCGGCUAUGGAUCCAAGUCUGCCAACUUUUAUAAUUUCAGAAUGUGUUCUGAUCUACUUGGAUCCAGAUUCUACUCGAACAAUUGUUGGUUGGGCUUCAAAAACGUUUUCUACAGCAAUAUUUUUUCUUUAUGAGCAGAUCCUCCCUGAUGAUGCUUUUGGGCAGCAGAUGAUAAGAAAUUUGGAGUCUCGAGGUUGUGCUCUGUUAGGUAUUUAUGACACACCAACUUUACAUGCGAAGGAACAAUUAUUUCUGGACCAAGGAUGGCAGAAAUCUGUUGCAUGGGAUAUGCUGAGAGUUUACAAUGAUUUUAUUGAUGCUCAAGAGAGACGCAGGAUUGAACGGCUAGAAUUGUUUGAUGAAUUUGAAGAGUGGUACAUGAUGCAGGAGCACUACUGUGUGGCUUAUGCAAUCAAUGAUGGCAUGGGUCUUUUCGGGGAUUUUGGUUUCGUUAAUGACAAGUCUGAGCUUCCUUCAUGA